GGAAGAAGAUUGGUUUCACCGGUCUGUGUUGUUUUGUCGUGAUGCUGUUUUAAUACAAACUGUUAGAAAUGUUGUUUCUGUAAAUAGAAAGAUACAGUUUUUGAAUCAGGUCAAUAAAUACCUGUAAUAUUCUCAUCCUCAAAUUCACUCAAAACACAAAAAAACACUCAAGUUUUGAAGCGAGCAGGGAUAUCUGGAGGAGAAUCAGCUGAACUGAGAUCUGCUGCUGUGAAGAUGGUGUUUGUUAAAGAGGAGAGUGAGGAGAACACGAGUGAACCAGAACCCUGGAGAAUAAAACAGGAGGAACCAGAAACCUUAAGUAUAAAACAAGAGGAACCAGAAACCUGGACAAUAAAACACGAGGAACAAGGAGGCCUGAUGGAAGUGAAAGAAGAAAGAGAAGAUCUGAAUGAGGUGGAGGAGAAACAUCAGGAUCAGAAAGAUCAUGAUGUGACUGGAGAAAUACCAGUGAGUGAUCAAAUAACAGACUUCAAAAGGCCUUUUACCUGCUCUCAGUGUGGAAACACUUUCACAUGUAAAACAAACCUUAAGAAUCACAUGUUAAUUCAUGCUGGAAUAAAGCCUUUUACCUGCUCUCAGUGUGGAAAGAGUUUUACGAUGAAAAGACAACUUAAGGAUCAUUUGCUAACUCACUCUUCAGAAAAACCUUUCAGCUGCUCUCAGUGUGGAAACACUUACACUUGUAAAACAAACCUUACGAGGCACAUGUUAAUUCAUACUGGGAUAAAACCCUUCAGCUGCUCUCAAUGUGGGAAGGGUUUUACAUAUAAAGCUGACCUUAAGGAUCAUUUGGUAACUCACACUUCAGAAAAGCCUUUCAUCUGCUCGGAGUGUGGAAAGUCUUUCACACGUAAUGGAUACCUUAAGACUCACAUGUUAGUUCAUGGUGGAAUAAAGCCUUUUACCUGCUCUCAGUGUGGAAAGAGUUUCAUAUGUAAAGGAAUCCUGAGGAAUCACAUGUUAAUUCAUACUGGGAUAAAGUCUUUCAUCUGCUCUCAGUGUGGAAAGAGUUUUACGCAGAAAGGACAACUUUACAAUCAUUUGGUAACUCACUCUUCAGAAAAGCCUUUUAGCUGCUCUCAGUGUGGAAAAUCUUUCACACGUAAAGGAUACUUUGAGAGACACAUGCUACAUCAUGCUGGGUAAAGGCCUUUCAGCUGCUCUCAAAAUAGAAAGAGAUUCACCUAUAGAUGAAGGAUUUAAUCAUCACAUGAGAAUUUACACUAAAGAGAUGACUUGCCAGACAAUUCAUUCAUGUCUGUCCUGUUUAUGCAAGGAGAUUUCUAACGGUUUUAAAAGCUUGAAAAAAUGUUUGUGCUAAAUAUCUUUAACUUUUUAAAGGUAUUACUACUCCUACUGAUACUGCUGAUCAAUCAGGUAUUUUAUGAUGGAUUCUCUGAUUUUAUGAUUAUGAUUCUCUGAUGGAUUUCAUUUUGUGGCAAUUUUGUCUUCACUAUAUAUGUCUCUUCAUGAAAGUAAUGUGUAAAAAAGGCAUGCAAAUGUCAAAUUUCUGUUUACAUGCAACACAGUACUACACAAAUAAAUGUACUAUAUGAAUUUAA